CUUGUCUGUCUGCAGUACCUGCGUAUGUGAAAAGCCCCCACCAGGCACACCAUUAACAUCCACAAAAAGAUUACUUGUUUAUGUCACUCAAAAAUGUUCGGUUGCAGACUCAUGGACCCCGCAAUUUUUUCUAGCACCGGAAAACAACGACUGUGCACCCACCCAACCCAAUCUUCACAUCUUAAAACACACUUUACAUAUCUGAUUUUCUCAUGAGUAUGUGUCAAGCCUCCUAUAUAUCUCAAUCACCUUAGUUUCCACACCAGAAAUUAGCCUCUCUCUCUCUCUCUCUCUGAUCUCAAAAGAUAAGGCUUUUAAGGAUGAAGAAAAUCAACUUUUUGCUUAGGAAAUGCAAGAGCUUGUCAAGGCAGCUAGGGAGAUCAUCAUCUUAUAGUAGCCUAAGGUCCAAAUCCACAAGAGAAGAUUUAUGGGUUGGCCAUGGAGACAAAAUGCAUGAAAUUGAUCAUCAGCACCAAACUAUAAUCUUUGUGGGAAGCACAAGAAAGCGCUAUGUCAUUAGUUCCAGGUACCUCAACCAUCCUUUGUUGAAUGCUUUAAUUGACAAGUCCUCAAAGCAAAAGCAAGGAGGAGAAGCAGGAGAUAUCUUGGUCAACUGUGAGGUGGUUCUCUUUGACCACUUGAUAUGGAUGCUAGAGAAUGCUGCUGAUCCAAGCUUUGGUGCUUCAGAGUCCUUGGAGGAACUGGCUGCUCUCUAUGUGUUCUGAUAAGGCUGGUGGUUGUGUUUGAUGAUCUGCUAAUUCAAAGCUGAUAGGGAAAUAUAUAUCAUGCUCUAGGUUGAGGCCACAGCAUCUUGAAACCUGUAUUAUAUCAUUCUUGUUACUAUUGAUUCUGUUCAAUUCUUUUUUUCUUUUUUGGUUCUAACCCUUUGUGUUUAAUUUGAUGGAUCAUGCUCAUAAUAUGGUCAUGUUUUGUAAUUAUCAUGGCGUUGCACUGUUGUAUUCUAUGAAUAUUCUUGAUAUUCUCUCAGAUAA